AAUCUGCAUUCAGAAAACCAGAAAAAAUGGCAAAAAACAUUGGGGUUUUGAUUUGUCUGUUGAUAAUGGCCUUGGACAUUGUAGCUGGGAUACUUGGCAUUGAAGCUGAAAUAGCCCAGAACAAGGUGAAGCAUUUGAAGAUGUGGAUUUUUGAGUGUAGAGAUCCAAGCUAUCAAGCUUUCAAACUUGGGUUGGCUGCAGCAAUCCUUAUGGCCCUUGCUCAUGUUAUUGCUAAUUUGUUUGGGAAGUGCAUUUGCAUGUGGUCUAAGGAAGAUUUUGCUAAGGCUUCUGCUAACAAGCAAUUAGCUGUAACCUCCCUUAUCUUCUCAUGGAUUAUAUUGGCAAUUGGAUUCUCCAUGCUGAUUAUAGGGGCAAUGUCAAACACAAAAUCCAGGAAGUCUUGUGGCUUAUCUCACCAUCGAGUGCUCUCCAUAGGAGGUAUCCUAUGUUUCAUUCAUGGACUGUUCAUAGUUGCCUAUUAUGUGUCUGCCACUGCUGCAGCCAAAGAAGAAAAGACUCCCCGGCAAGGAUCCAAUGCUUGACUUAUGAAGUUCCAAUUCAUUUCCACCCAUUUUUUUCCAUUUGUUUUGAUGUUUGCCAGAUUUGCUUUGCACCACUACAAUCAUUGUGUUGAAAGGCAUUCAUAAACAUUUGUUAAUUGAUCAGCCAGUAAAAUGUUUUAUGAACGACAAAAUCAAGGGAAAAGCAAAUGUUAAGGAAA